UUAGGUCUAGUUGUACGAAAUGACAACAAAAGAUUAGAGUGGAAUGACUGAUUUUGUUUUCUUAGAGAAAACAGUGUGUAUAUUUGUGUUUUGUGUCAAAUUUCUUCAAGAAUAGGAAAUCUAAGAAUAUGAAGAGAAGAAAUGCCGAUUGUGGCAAACUACGGAGGCCCAUCAAACGUACUAAAAUCACAGACGGUUUUUACGGAAGUACAUUGCUGUAUUUGAAGUUUUUCAUAUUAUGGGCUGUUGUUUUGCUGGCUGAUUUCAUCCUCGAAUUUCGCUUUGAAUUUCUAUGGCCAUUUUGGUUACUUCUUAGAAGUGUUUACGACUCGUUCAAGUAUCAAGGCCUGGCAUUCUCAGUGUUUUUUGUCUGCAUUGCGGUCACUUCUGACAUGAUCUGCUUCUUCUUCAUACCAGUUCAGUGGCUGUUCUUCGCAGCAAGCACUUAUGUGUGGGUGCAGUAUGUGUGGCACACGGAGAAGGGAGUCUGUGUUCCGACUGUGGUGUUGUGGCUACUGUUCGUGUACAUGGAAGCAGCAGUUCGAUUGAGAGAUCUGCGACAUCUUCCGUUUCACUUGGAUCUUUGUAGACCUUUCGCUGCUCACUGUAUUGGUUACCCAGUGGUCACUCUUGGUUUCGGUUUCAAGAGCUAUGUGGGCUACAGAAUGAGACAGCGGAAGCAGAGAGACGUAGCCAAAGAAAACGAGUUUUACAUGCAACUUUUGCAGCAAGCUCUGCCAAUAGAACAGCAACACACGUUGUGCCACAACACAAGUCCUGAAAAAAGUAAAGGAGGAACGAUAAACGAUGUAGUCACAUCAAACGGCAGUGUCCACAACAACAACUCCACACAAGUGAAAAUCAACCACAGAAAGUCGCUAGACAAAGGGGAGCGAGACAAAUCCUGUACAGAAGUGGAUCAUAAGACUAUAAAUAAUAACAAAUCAUUUUCACACACAAACGGAGACAUCCACACUGAGCUAGAAUUCAUUGAGAGGAUUGGGUCGGUAAAUGACUUUGAUGAAAAUGAAGCAGAAAAAGAUAAAAGCUCUAAAUCAUACGUUCAGCUGAAAUCGAACUCGAAAUGGAGUAACCAUCAAGCAAAAGAAAAUGCUGUCAACUGCCAACGAGAACGAAGGAAUAAAGCUAACAAAGAUAACACAGAACACAAUUCAUCCCAGAAAGAUGAAUACUGUCAAAGGCUUGAAGCAGAUGUCAAAAGAUUAAAAAUGGACCUGCAAGCGAGUCGCCAGACAGAGCAAGAGUUGCGAUGUCAAGUAAAUGCUCUGCUUGUUAAUGAGAAGAGCAUCAAAAGUGAGCUAUGUCAGCUUCAACUUGACAACGAUGAUCUUCAAUCCAAAAUUCACAGCUUAGUGUCAGCACGACAGAUGGACAAACAAGCCGUGACGCAGUUAGAACGAAGAGUGCAGGAAGAACGAAGACUACGCACUACUACUGAAGCACAGCUUGCUGCCGAGCGUAAAGCUAAAGAAGCUGCCUCACGUGCGAUGUCGUCUCCUCCCUCCAAGGGAGAAUGUACAGAAAGCUGCAGAGUAAGAAGAAGAGAUCUUGAAGCAGAAACAAAACAACUGAGGCGAGAGCUCAAGUUGAAAGAGGAGCGCUGCUUGGCUAUAGAAAGAGAUGUUCAGUGUUUGAGGCAGUACAAAGAAAAUCACAAUGAGUCUGAGAUACUCAUGUCAGCUCUGUCUGCUAUGCAAGACAAAAACGCACAUCUUGAGAACAGUCUCAGCGCAGAGACUCGUAUCAAAUUAGACCUCUUCUCGGCAUUGGGAGAAGCCAAGCGUCAACUAGAAAUUAGAGAAAAUUUGAUACGCCAGCAAGAGCGGGAGAUGGAGGAGCUGAAGGCGAAGAUGGCGCAGGUGCUGGCUGUGAUGCCGACUGAGACGUUUGGCCCGGCUCCCAGCUGUAACACGUCCAAACUGCGACUGGCGGACAGUCCCAGUCCCUCGGCCCAGUCCAACCUCGACCCCAACGCCACAGCAUACACUCCCAAGUCCUCCCAUCUGGCACCAGCUGCAGAGGCCUAACAGGUUUGCGGAUAUUGAUCGCCUGUUACAAACUAGCCAAUGUUUUGUUGUGAAUUGUUGGCACUUAUGUGAAUGUUUGGUGUGCUCUGCCAAUAGACACUUCGAUCCAUAUUUAUUUAUUUAUUUCAAUUUCGAAUAAUUAAUUGUCAUUAAGAACGACUUGAGUGCAGUGGUUUAGCGUUCGACCCGAUCUUGUUUGUGGCUGCAAUACAGCAAUGCUUGGUAAUGCCUCUCAAGUACCGGUUAGCUAGAUUUAUUAUUAGAUAUUUGCUGUAGAGAUUCACACGAUCCAGUGACUUAAUCCUUGGUUAGUUUUGUAUUUAUGUCUCUUCUUAGUUGUACACUGUAGAAUCAUCUAUGAGUAAAAGGCUGAUGAUAUAUUUUUCUUUUUAAAACAAUAUGUGAUAUUUCUUUCUAUUUUACAUAAUAAGUCAUUGUUUUAUAUAAUUUAGCUUGACCUUAUUGAGGUUCUCAUUUUAAAAGGUUUGUUUUAUACUACUGUGUUUCAAUGAUAUUUAUUGAGUAUUACUAUGAAAUGGGUACUUUCUUUAGUUUUUUUUCUAUAGAAGAAGUAUAGAUUGACUGGUUAAUGAAUAAGUUUUAAAUGCAUUCUCCAGAUUAUUGCAUUGUAUUUUUUAAUGGCCAAAUAAAAUAAAAUAUUCUUUUCAGAACUAUUUACAGCUUUUUAUUUUUGGUUCGGUUUUUAUUGUUUAGUGAAUAACAUCUGUCAGUCAAUGAACUCUGUAGCUCAAGACUAAAUUAAUAAUAUUAUUAACCAUGAAGUAUUAUUAGGGGUCACAAGUGAAGCAAAUUACAAAUAACAUUAUCAAAAUGAGUAUACCCUAUUGUUUUAAUUAUACAAACUUAUGUUAUGUUAUGUUUUUUAUCACUUUGUUCUUUUCAAUGUGCUGCAAAAAGUUUUACAAAACAUUGAAUUAGCUAAUAAAUGACAUCUAAUUUUAAUUUCUAAAUAGGUAUUAUGUUUUAUGAAAUCUUAAAAAUGCAUUUUUAUAAGUUUUUACUUGUUGAAAUGGUAAAAAUAUCAUAAUACAUCUCCGAUGUCUCUUCAUAUAAAACUUUCGGUUCCUCAUCAGAUAGUUUACUCAAGACAAGAAUUAUUCUGGAACAAAACUUCCAGUAUCAAACAUCCACCAUAGGGUAAAUAAAUUAUUUUAAAGUAAACCAGGUGUUAUGCAUUAGAGUCAAAGUUUGUAAGUUUUUUGAUUGUUUACUAAUUUGAAUUUCUUUAUUUUGAAAAACUUCUUUAGGGCAAUAUAACAUAUAUUUAUUCUAGGAUCCUCAAAAAUUUAAAGGAAAUUAGAAUGCAGGAUAUUAUUUGGGUUAGUGAGAAACUUAUAACGUUCAAUGACUGAUGAAAAAUUCAAAAGUUCCAGUGUUUGUUUUCAAUCUUGUUGAUUUAUGUAUUUUUGCAGUAAAAAUACAUAAAUAUACUCAUUGAAUAUUUUUGUAGAAUUAAUGAAUAAAACAUGUAGUAACCACCCACUUGUAGCUUAACCGUCAUAGCGCUGUAGAACUCUGGUUUAAUUAAUGGGAAUUUACAAAUUUAAAAAAUUUUAUUUUUUACGUGAGUUAAUUUUUUCUAUUUCAUGAAAGAACAUAUAAAAAAAUAGUACAUGUAGACGCUCUGUGUAUGUGUGUGCACCUUAUUGAAUGUCAAUAAAAGAAUAGCAAUUGUUUAUAAUUGAUUUUUCACACAAAAAGCAAUCCAAUUUGCUUCUAAACGGUCAUAAAUCCGUACAUUUACACAUUCAUAGUAUUUUUGUAAAUUAUAAUUUACACAAUAAACUUAAAUAAGACAAUACAGAUAUGUGUUUUGUGCAAUUCUGAUGAUAAGGACAUAUCGUUAUGCCGCUUUAAAUUAUAUUUGAAGUGAAUCAAAUAAGAUGUUGGCUGCCCACCCUAUUUUGGUACUUGUCAGUAUUUCCGUUUCUGUAUUCCUGCGUCAGUCUCAACAUUUACAAUAUCUGAGCAGUUGAUGAUGAUUAUUAAUAACUCAAUUUAAUAAUAUUGGCUAAACAUACCUGCUGCUUUCUUUAUUCAGCAAUAAGCUUAGGUUUGUAAAAAAAUCAAUAUUUGGUUUUCAAAACAAACAUUAUUUCACUGAAGAACAUAAUUCAAUUAAUGCAAUUUUUUAAUUUUUUUUUUUUUUUUUUUUUUUUUUUUUUUUUUUUUUUUUUUUUUUUUGGUUAUGAUGAAUGUUGUUUUCCUAACAACUGUUUUCCUAACAACCAGCUGAAUAGAGUCUACAUUUGCUGUUCUGUGUUUUCAUCUUUAUACAAUUGAUAGAUAUUUAUCCCAGUGUUGUUCUGUUUCUUCUAACAAAUAAAUACAUAAAGUAUUUCUUCAUGUGUAUCAAAUAAUGUAUAAAAUAUAGAAAAAUUAUAAAAAAACUAAUUAAACAAUAUCAUCCCUUGAAGAUUUAUGAAAAUAAUAAAGUCAAAUAUUGUUGAAUUUGUAGGCAUUACAGCACUAAUCAUUAAGUAAAACCACAACAUUUAAUUACAAUAUUACACCAUAAAUCACCAUAUAAACACAAUGCAAUUAUUUACUUGUGCUAGCUAUAAUUAAACAAAUGAUCAAAAUGGCCAACGCAGUCAUAUUUCAGCAGGUAAUGACAUCAUGGUAUAAAACCAACAAAAAUAUAGCUAAUGUUAGGAUAUCUCCUAAAGAUUCAAGAGAUAUUUCAGUUAUGUUUUUGAUCCAAUCUUAUUUCACAAUAUAAGAAAUUAACGAGUCAACGUUUGUUCUCUAAACGGAUAACCGUAUAUUACCACAAAGAAGGUUAAACAUUUUUCAUUGUUUUAGAUCAAAAUUCAUGUAAUAGUUAUUGAUGAUCAUAUAUAGCUAAGAAAGUUAAACAUUUUUCAUUGUUUUAGAUCAAAAUUCAUGUAAUCGUUAUUGAUGAUCAUAUAUAGCUAUGUGUAAUAGCAUAUAUCACAGAUGUCUUCUCUGUUUGUGCAAAGAAUUUUAGUAUUAGAAACAGUUUUAAAAUCAUUUAUAUUAAUAACUUGAAAAAUAAUUCACGUUUAUCUACAGGUAGGAACAACAUCUACUCAACUGGUUUGGGAGGUAAUCAUCUUUUGAGAUAAUAUAUAAUUCUUAAUUGGUUCUCAUUUUUAGUUACUUCAAAUUAUAUUACUAAGUCAAUAGAUUACAUUCCACACUUGAUCAUGCAUUGUUCUGUUUAUAAAUCUCAAUGUUCUUUAAAUUUCAUUCCCUUUCAAAAUUGUGUAGGACUAAAUGUAAUCAGUAUUCUAAGUCACUUGAUUGUGACUGCAGAUAGGGAUAAAUCAGUAAGGGUCUGAAACCGUUACUUUUAAUACAGUUAACCAGUGAUACCACAUACAAAUACUGACUGGUUCAUCAUAGUCCUGUUCUCUAUGGAGUAGGAAACUUAAAAUCCGCAUUUCCGUACUUGUAAUGCUUUAUAUAGGCCUACAGGUUAUUUCCCUACCUCCACAGUUUGGGAGUACUUUCUUGUAAAUGAAACCAUUAAAAAUACAUUUCAGUAAACACUAUAUGAGUAAAAUUAAAAUUAAGUCCUAUGAAUUUCCAUUUUCCUUGAGAUGUAAUUAAUUCUAAAAUGAAUAAUAGGAAUCUUUUUCAUAACAAAAUUAAUCUGUUUUAAUAAGUACAGUUUCUUUUUUUAGAAUAUGUUUUGGUAAGGUUAAUCAAUAGUGUUGAAUAAUAAAAAGAAGUAAAUUAAGCUCUUUUUAAAAAUACAAUUAUCAAAAUUAAUAUGUAAAUAAUAAAUAUGUAAAUAGUGGCACUGAUUUAUUGUAACUGAACAAUAAAUUACCUAGAAGAAAGACCAGACAAGAACCUAUCUUAGAUUAAUAUUUAAAAAUGUAACUUUUAUUUAACUUUUGGCGAUUUCACUGUUGACAGGGUUUGAAAGACUGUUAAUCACAACACUUUUUCCACUUCUCGUUUCAUUCUUUAAGUGAUACAACAAAACAAUAACAACGCUCAAGAAUAGAGACACUGUGUUUCUUACUGAUAUUGAGUAUGCAAGUAUUCAGUAUCAGUACUAAUAGAAUAUUUUUACCUUGUAGUGGUAUCUGCCAUCAAUGUUUUGGCUCUUAGUAUCUAUUAAAGAUGCAAGAGAAAAGUAAGUGCUAAAAAUUAAUAAUUACAGAAAUCCCGACACACUUCCAUCUAUAUAGCCAUGGAAGGAAGAUUAUUGUAUGCUUAAUUAAGUAAUUAUUGAUAUAAUAAUUUAUGUUUGAUGUUGAGUUUAAAUAUUAAUAUGUAGUUGUUCAAGUUGCCUAUUAAAUGUUAUAAAACGCAUGAACUUAAUGAGCUUGUAAACUUGACUCAGAUUUCACUAAAGUAACUUUUAGGACUCCAAUUAUAUUUUAUUAUUUUUAUGUUGGUAUAUUAAAUUUAAGUUUAAACCAUUUUUAAGAAUAUUCCACAAUAUUUUCUUGGUCAAAUUUGUCCUAAAUGUUCACUAUUUUGAUCAUAUUUUGUCAAAAAUGUGUCUAAAAAUAACAUUUGAAGUGUACAUUUUUACAUUUGAAUAUAACAUUUUAUUUUUUAAAUUCAUUUUAAAUUAACGCUCAAAGAAAAGCCUAGUUAAGUUUUCUAUUAAUGGUUUGUUCUUUUUUUUUAAUUAUCAGGCAUUACUUAUUAUUAACCAGUCUAAAUCCCAUUUGAGAACUACAACUUUGGGAAUUUGCUGAACUAAUUCCUAUGUUUAGUUAGGGGAGUACAACAAGUAUUUGUUAACUUUAAAAUGAACUUGUACUUUAUAUAUGUAUAAUUAUUAUAUGUUUUAUUGUGUGGUUAUAUCUUUAAAGAAAAAUGAAAGCUUUCAACAUUUGCAGACAAGUCUUUGUCAAUACUUUGAUUUUACUUUGUUCACAUUUAUGUCUAUUAUUACACAAGUUGCUCUACACACUAACAGUAAAUAUGUUAUAUUUUUGUUUUGGUUUGAUAACAAUUGAAGUUAUUUUAAUUUAAUAAAAACCACCUUAUCUAAGGCUGUGGUAAUUUGUAAUAUUAAUUAGUUUUCAAGGAUCUUAAUGAUUUUAUUACUUUUAGGACUGUGAAGUUUUAUUUGCAAAUCUUCAACCGAGAUUGAAAUACUUAAUUAUGUAUAAUACUGACCAUGACAGUAUCGUAGUUUCUAAUGAAUUAAAUUGCCAAUAUUGGUAAAGGAAGGAUAAAAUUGUAGUUAGAAAGAAAUUAGUACAAACUAUGAUAUUGGCUAAAUGUGUAGUAUGUAGUCGUGAUACGGGGCACCCCAAGCGUGUAUUGCAGCCACGUUUUUGUACUUAAUGAGUGUAUCUCUUACAGCUCUAUUGUUAAAGCAAUAGUUUAUAUGUCAUUUGCAUUUUUUAUUUUGCAAUAAAGUGACAAGUUUUGUUGUCCAUUAAAGUGAUUUGUGCAAUGUCA